CAAGAUAUGAGCUUUCCAACACCCCAAGGCCCAAACCCCCACGAUCCAUCUCUAUCUUCGCCGUCAUCGCCCGCUCCUGCGCCGUCGCCCUCUACACCCUCGGCGCGUCAUUACCAGCAGCAGCAACAACACCAACAGCAGUAUCAGCAGCAGUACCAGCAGGCUCCUGUCAACCAGUACCCCCCACAGCCCCAGCAGCAUCAGAUUUUUGGACAUCACCAGCAGCAACAGCAACAGCAGCAACAGCAUAUCGCCAUGAUGAACGGUAUGAAUGGCACGAAUAUGGCGGCAGGAAUGCCUGUGCCGACGCCCGCGGGCCACCAGGCUGAGCUGAACUACAUCUACGGCAUGGUCGAGGAGCUUAGCCGCCAGCUGGCAGAGAACCGCCGGGUGACAGAGGACAUUGUCAGCGGGCUGGGAAGAGUGAGGAACAGGGCCAGGACCCACGGUGUGAACAACCAACAGGUCAUUGAGGACGCCUCGGACGACAUCAAUGGCCAAGAACAGAAUAUCGAUGCCCUCAUCUCUCUCCUAACCGAGUCCCUCGAAAAGGCCAAGUUUAGCCGCGAUGCCAACGCGAAGCUCCUCUCACAGUACGCCAGCGCCAUGGCCAACCUCCUGCGACAAUUCCACGAGUACAAGACAAAGCACGUAAGCGACGUCGCCUCCUGGCACCGCUCCUACCGCAAACAACUUUCCGAUGCGCGUGAGGAGAACGCCCGCCUGCGCGAGCAGAUCUGGCAGAUGCAGGCCCAUGCGGGGCGCGCCAACGAGAGCCUGCGCGAGUUCCGGUGCAAAUACGAUGAGGACGAGGCGCGCUGGAACAGACUCGUGGAUGAGAAGGCCGUCAGGCAAGAACUGCGCUUCUGGAAGCGCAUGGCUAUGCCAGAGCUGGAGGAUGACGACCCGUACUGGAGUGACGACGACGACAUCAUUGACCCGGCUGAGAAGGACCGUCUGCGCGAACUGGACCUUAAGGCGGCACAGGAGCAGCUAGACAGUCAAGCCGAGGACAGCGAUGGUCAGGGCCCACCGCCGCAGCUGCCUCUACCGGGGAUGGGCAUUGGUAUGAGCAUGAUGGGAGGCAUUGCGAUGCAGCGCGAGGACUCGGCGGCUGGACACGGCGUGCCGGUGCUUCCCCCUAGGCCACUGAGCGCAGCGUCGAGUACGGGGUCUACUGGACAGUGA